ACCUUAUGAUAUACGCGCUUCCUGAAACAUAAAUGCAUUUCGUCUGUUAUACGUAUCCCUUGUGCAAUAUCGUAGCUGCUCUGGCAGGACUUAAAGUGGGUACAUCGGAAGGCAACGGGUGCCCAGGAGUAUACCUGGAUACUUGUCGGAAGUUCUCGGCAAUGGAUCCAGGAAAAAUCGAUACUGUUGGCGAUAACCUUGAUUUCACGAGGCUCUCUCAGCAUGUACCAAGUACCGGUGGAUUCACUUUGAACCUGUGUGCUCUCCAGCCAUGCUAUCGGAUUUCGCAUUACUGGCGGCUGUAUUCGUCCCUACAAGCCACAUGCGAAUACGAGUCGGUAGGUAUUGCGCAAUGGAGUCGAACGAAUCAUUGGAUCAAAUCUAUUUUCAAUAAGAAUUCCCCACAACAUUGGAAGCAACGUCUGUCCUCGUGCUGGGAAGACUCGUCCCAUGGUGGACCAACCCCCAUAAAGUGAAGCAGGAAACGUGGGGAAAAUAGCUGAUCUGGUCGUUCCGUAUAGGUAUGGGUAGAGUCUGCGUUCUUCUGUGGGAUCGUUGUUAGAACUAUAUAUAUCUACCUAAUGGAACACACGGAUAUGGGACUUAUGUAUAAAGGAUGUAUAAUAAAAAUACAUUGGUCAUCCUGAGCGGACAGAAAACUGGAAGGCCGACCAUUCGAGCUCAUCUAUAGUUAUAUAUGUGGACUAUAGAUUGAUAUAUUUAUACGGCGUUUUAGGUAUAUAUGAGAUAUAUGACGCAUGAAUAUGUUUCACGUAUAAUAAUAUUGACGGUAGCAAUAUGUUAGUGGACGAAAAGUUAAGUAUUGGAAAACUA